CAUGCUCGUUGGGACGGCACUAUUGUUUUUAAAUUUGUAGCUUGCUUUGCAACCCCAUAGACGCCAUGGAUAUAUAUGAAGAUGAUGAGCCUCCGCAGCUCGUUGACGCCGAAACUGAGUUGGUAUCAAAUGAGGUAGAGGAUAAAGUUGGAGACAAUGUCAAGGUACCUCUUACAAUUGUCACUGGAUAUUUGGGUGCUGGAAAAACGACAUUGAUGAAUUACAUCUUGACUGAACAACAUGGCAAAAAGAUUGCUGUGAUAUUAAAUGAAUUUGGAGACUCCGUCGAUAUUGAAAAGUCGAUAUCCGUGAGCAAAGAUGGGGACCAAGUGGAGGAAUGGCUAGAGGUUGGCAAUGGCUGCAUUUGCUGCUCGGUCAAAGACAUUGGAGUGACAGCUAUCGAGACGCUCAUGAAGAAAAGUGGCGCAUUUGACUAUAUUCUCUUGGAAACGACAGGUCUAGCAGACCCGGGGAAUAUUGCACCGCUGUUUUGGAUGGACGAAGAACUUGGAAGCAGCAUCUACCUGGACGGCAUUGUUACUCUCGUCGAUGCCAAGAACAUCCUCAAGAGCCUUGAUGAACCGGCCCCUGAGACGACAGAUCACGAUGAUCACCAUGGUCCAGCCCUUACUACUGCGCACCUUCAGAUCUCACACGCAGACGUGGUUGUUAUCAACAAGGCUGAUCUUGUGAGCGAAGAAGAGUUGGAAGUAGUCAAAGACCGAGUGGGAGCUAUCAACGGCCUCGCAAAGAUACAUGUUACUCAGCAAGGCAAGGUUCCACAACUUGAAGGUUUCCUUCUUGACUUGCAUGCGUAUGAUAAUGCUGAAGGGAUGGAUAUGGCUGAGAAGGGCCACAGCCACUUGGAUCCGAGGAUCUCAACUGUGACGAUCAAAGUCCCCCCUCUCAAGGAGGAGCAACUUUCCAAGUUGGACGCUUGGCUCCGAUCCAUCCUCUGGGACUCGAAAUUACCAGAUUCGUCGACGGAGCCUGCCACGACCUCCUCGGAGCAAUCACCGUUUGAGAUAUACAGGCUGAAAGCUAGACUACCGAUGAGUGAUGGUAGCAUCAAAAUCGUCCAGGGUGUUCGAGAUGUCUUUGAGAUCAAAGAUGCCUUGGAACAGACUCAGCCUGAGCUCAAGGAGGGUAAGAUUGUGGUGAUUGGAAGGGAUAUGGCAAAUCUAGGCCUUGAGCGUAAUUAUUUCAACACUGUAGAUGCAUAGCAUUUGUAAAGCUAUUUGUCUCAGUUGAUAGAAUCAUAUUUUUUCUAUGAGAUUAACAAACGUAAGAGGCCUGCGAGUAUACUUCUCCAAACAUUCACAUGCUUAUCUUAAAAUGCUAAG